AUGCAAUUGAAGAACAUUGCCCUCAUCGCCGUUGCCGCCACCGCUGUCUCUGCCGCCCCCAUCGCCCGUGAAGGUGAAGGUGCCGUUACUGCCACUAAAGGCGGUGGUGCCGUUGGUGCCGUCGGUAACUUCGCCAAGUCGUUCCUCUCUAAGGACACUCCCAUUAAGGGUAACGGGCAAUGGAUCGAAAAGCUCGCCCAGGGUGCCUCCAACCAGUUGGUGAACUUUUUGAACUCUACCCUCGGCUGGAUCCCCUUCUAA